AUUCACUUUCAUUUCCAUUAUAGUUUAUAUUAUAUAUAUAGUCAUGUGGUUCUUCUAACUUGUUCUACACAUAUAAGACUUCUCUUAGAAAAUGGCAAACUCAGAAGAUCAAGGUUGGGAGGACAUGAUUGUAGAUGAUGACGACGACGAUAACGACAACGAAGAAAUAGGGUUUGUAGAUAAUGAGAGGAGGAGGAGAUCUGGUUUAACCAGUGCUCGGGGUGGUGGCGGAGGGGGAAGGUCAACGGUGGCACGUUGCCAAGCCGAUGGCUGCAAUGCUGAUCUGACCGGUGCAAAACCGUACCACCGCCGCCACAAGGUCUGCGAGUUCCACUCCAGGGCGGCUGUGGUGAUUCUGGCCGGAUUGGAACAGCGAUUUUGCCAGCAGUGUAGUAGGUUUCAUGCAUUAUCGGAAUUCGAUGACACAAAGAGAAGCUGCCGGAUGCGUUUGGCUGGUCACAAUGAACGCCGCCGUAAAAUCUUACCGGAUUUUCAUGGCCAAUCCUCCACUAAUUGAACCACACACACUCUCACUGUGUCCACUAAUUACCUAAUUAAUAAUAAAUAACAAUAAUGAUACACUCAUUACUAAUGAAGAAUAAGAAGAAGAAGAAGAAGAAAAGAAGAAAGAGCUGCUCGUUAUUGGAGUUAAUUUUGUGUUGAGAGAGAGUCACAGGUCAUUCUGGUUAUUCUGGUCACCAGUCACCGGCGGCCACCGUGAUGAAAAAUGAAUUUUUAUGCUUUCUCUCUUCUGUCAUCAAAAGAAAACCCAAUUUAUAGCCCUCUUUGUAAUCAUAAUAAUAAUAAGUAAAUAGAUAACAAAGAGAUGAUCAGAUGGUUUAUGGUACUUUUUGCCUCAGUCACAUAUCACUAAAAUCUGUGUGGGAUAUCUUUCUUUCUUUUUCUUUAACAUUGUAGCUGUAGGUUAUGUAUGGAAGCCGGCCUAUGUGUUUAAUUUAAUUGUA